UUAAAUUGAUUCAAGUUGAUCCAAACAGUAGAAAAGGGGACGCGUGUAGCGUGAACUUCGUCUUCUUUUAUGUUGGAUAGUUAUUCUUCGUUUCCACAAAGGGUUCUAUUUCGAUAGUGCCUGAGAAAAAAUAUUGAAAAAGAAAUGUGAGUAAGAUAAGUAAUCGUAGAAGUGAUAAAUAAAAAAAAAAGGGAGCAAUGGAUCUUUUUCGAAUGGUAAAUGAAAUCAUGACAAAUUUGCCUUUCCUUUUAUCCUUUGACAUAUACACACACAUACACACACAUAUAUAUAUAUAUAUAUAUGUAUAUAUUCCUUAAUCUAAACAAAAUUGAUUAGUACCGGAUGACAAUGACAAACAUUGAUAACUGUGACUAAAUUCAUUAGUAUUAUUACUUUCUUAACCUAACUUUCAAAAAAAAAAAAAAAAAAAAAAAAAAAAAAAAAAAAAAAAAACAAAUCUUAUAUAUAUUAAUUCCAUUUGAAAAUAUUCAUAACAAUAAGAAAGAAUUACUACAUUUUCAAGAAAAGAUAUUAGAAUUUGCUAACGUUAAGAAAAGAUUGAUAUUUUCGCCAUGUAAUCCUUUUAAAAUUAAUUAUUCUGAUGUGUUAUUGAUAAUCUCUUACACUUUCUUUUCACUCUUGUGUCAAUCUCAUUGUCCACGAAUGUAACGACAGUAUUAGUUAAAAAAAAAACGAACGAAAAAAAAGUGUAAAAUAUAUUCUAAAACGUUAUUACACAACAUAUUUUUACAAUUUUACUUGUUUAAAAAUUUUAAUAUAGUUUAGACGUAGUAAACAUCUUUGUGUCCACGAAAAAUAUAGACAGUUAUUUUUAGAAGAACACAUGCUUCUCAUAAAUCCUAUAUCUCGCACACAGUAUUGAUGAUUUCAAUAAAUAUGAAAAAAAGACAAAAAAACAUGGUUAGUCAAUCUGUUUAAAUAUCUUCUCAAAUUCUUUACUUUCAUCUUUACUUAUCUUUCUCAUUGUAUCGUCUAAAAUAUAUGGCAAGUUGGUCAAAGAAACCUCGAUUGGGUACUGAUUUAGCAUUGGGUUGUUCCCUGAUUGCAUUACACAAAAAUAUGUUUUGUUGGGGAAGUUCUAUUCAUGGGGAAUUAGGACUAGGUGGUAUUGAAGAUGAACAUAUUCUUAUUCCUCGUGAAGUGGAUUUUCAGAAAUCUACAGAAGUUACAUACAUUGCAUGUGGUGAAAGUCAUACUGUAGUUAUAACGCGAGGUGGAGAAUUAUAUUCUUGUGGAAAUAAUGACUUUGGGCAAUUAGGACAUGAUAAAGGAAGAAAAAGGUUACGCUUGAUAUCAGGAUUAGAAGCAUUUGUAUUUAAAAAGGCAGCAUGUGGAGCAUGUCAUACGGUUGCAGUUAAUGAAUGGGGACAAUUAUUUAGCUGGGGAUGUAACUCUGAAGGUCAAUUAGGAUUAAAUAUAAUAAACCCUACUGAAAAUAUACCACGUAUGAUAAAAACAUUAGGAACAAAUGUAAUUGUACAAGUAGCUUGUGGAAUAAAACACGUACUUGCGCUUACAAAUAAUGGAGAAAUCUAUGCUUGGGGUUCAAAUUUUGAAGGGCAAUUAGGCUUAGGUUCUGAUGUAAUUAAGGAGUUAAAACCCAAACUUAUUAGCAGCUUAAUUUCUUUACCUAUUGCAUUUAUUGCAUGUGGUGGUUAUCAUAGCAUAGCUAUAACUAAGUCAGGUACCGUAUUUGGCUGGGGGAAAAAUUUAUUCGGACAAUUGGGACUAAAUGAUACACAAAGUAGACACCUUCCUUGCCAAUUAAGAACUUUGCGAAAUGCCAAAGUAUGUUAUGUGGCAUGUGGAGAAGAAUUUUCUGUGUUUUUAACAAUGGAUGGUGGUGUAUUUACUUGUGGUGCAGGAAUGUAUGGUCAAUUGGGACAUGGAAUUCAUAGCAAUGAGAUUUUACCUCGACAAGUUAUGGAAUUGAUGGGCAGUACUGUUACACAAGUGUCAUGUGGUCGAAGACAUACUUUAGCAUUCGUACCUUCACAUAGAAAAAUUUAUGCUUGGGGCUUAGGUGGUGCAGGACAAUUAGGCAAUCGUGUUACACAAAGUGUUACUACUCCUCAAGUUGUAUUAGGACCAUGGGUACCUCCUAAUGGGUCAGCAAUGGUCAAACUCGACACACAGUUGAGUCCAUAUAUUACACAGUCCCUAGAUUGCAUCGUUAAACAUAUAUUUAGUGGAGGAGAUCAUUGCUUUGCCACUGUUAUUCCAAGAGAAGAAAAUAUGGAAUCAGAUGACUGUAGAGUAAUAGAUUCUACUUCUCAAAUACUUAAUAUAUCUGAAGAACAAUUGGCAGCUUGUCAAAGAGUACCAAAAGGAUCUUCUGUUGAUCACGAACUUAUGAUGUAUUUAGAAACCGUUUUUAAGAGUCAAUCUUGUAUAAAUGGAUCGUUUUUAUUUAAAAAUGAUGCUCAUUAUGGUUGUUCAAGUAAAAACCAUGGAGUGGAUUUGGAUAUAGCAAUUAAAUCCUUUGGAAUAAUAUCAGAAUCGUGUAAUGAUACAAUUCAGGAACUCAUUUUUAAUAGCAUAACAGAUAGCCUUAUACCAUCUUUCUCAUCCUCUCCACCAGACAUAGAAUCGUUAAGAGUAUAUUUAACAGUGCCUUUGUAUCAUGGUUUUGCAAAUCCUUUAAAUUGGAAUGCUUUACAUCAACCAUUUUGCAAAGCUGUUAUAAGCUUAAAAUCAGAAGCUCUUAAAGUAGUAAGCUCAUGGUGGAGUAAAGCUCCAUCUUAUUAUUUUGAAAGGCUUGUUCGUACUCACAAAAGUGUUGUUUUACAUAUUAUAAAGCAAUCCAAACAUGACAAGAAUGUGUCAUGGAAUGUAUUGAGCAAAUACGUUUUAGAAUUUUUAAGAUUAUUAAAUAAAUUGAAUCAUACUGCUGAAGAUGAAAUUAGGGUGUCUUAUUCCACGUUUCAUUUGCCAGAAUUAAUAGAACAUGUAGACAUUAAAGCUGAUUAUUUUAAAUGGCUAACGGAAAAAGACAAUUAUUCGAAUAACAGAAUGUAUUUCUGUAAUUAUCCUUUUCUUUUUGAUGCACAAGCUAAAACCAUAUUAUUGGAGACAGAUCAAGCAAUACAGAUGCAAUCAGCAAUGAACGAAGCUGCAACUCGUGCUAUCACACAAAUGCUUUUUCAUCCAUAUCCCGCUAAUAGCAUGGAUACUAGACUCCAUAAUCAAUUUGUCACUUUGAAUGUUUCACGAGAAAAUAUUGUACAAGAUACUUUACUAGAAUUAUCUCAUUAUGAUUCCAGCGAUUUAAAGAAACCGCUAAGAGUAAAAUUUCACGGAGAAGAAGCAGAAGAUGCAGGAGGAGUUAAAAAAGAAUUUUUUAUGCUUCUUUUAAAAGAAAUACUAGACCCAAAAUAUGGAAUGUUUAGGGAAUAUGAAGAAACUAGAACUAUUUGGUUUAGUCAAGAUUCAUUUGAAGAUGAAGUUAUGUAUUCCUUAAUUGGUUUGCUAUGUGGACUUGUUAUUUAUAAUUUUAUAAUAAUUGAUUUACCCUUCCCAUUGGCUUUAUAUAAAAAAUUAUUACAUGAACCAGUGGGAUUGAUCGACAUUAAAGAAAUGUCUCCAGCAGUUGCUAAAAGUUUACAAAGUAUACUUGAUUAUGAGAAUCCAGAUUUUGAAGAGAUAUUCUGUUUAAAUUUUGAAAUAGUCAGGGAUGCUUUCGGUGAAAGAAAGACGUAUGAAUUAAUACCAGAUGGUGUCAAAGUUCCUGUUACAUUAAAAAAUAAAAAACAAUUUGUCGAUUUGUAUGUAGAUUAUAUUCUCAACAAAUCAGUGGAAUCCCAUUAUCAGGCAUUCCAUACUGGCUUUCACAAAGUAUGUGGCGGAAGAGUAUUAGAACUUUUCCAUAGUCAUGAAUUAAUGGCAGUGGUUGUUGGAAAUGAAAAUUAUGAUUGGGAAGAGUUACAAAGAAAUGCAACGUAUAAAGAAGGAUAUUUGGCGAAUGAUCCUACCAUUAUUUUAUUUUGGCAAGUAUUUCAUGAGUUAUCUUUGGAAGAAAAAAAGAAAUUUUUACUUUUCCUAACUGGAAGUGACAGAAUACCUAUACAGGGUAUGAAAGCAAUUAAGAUAAUAAUACAACCGAUGAGUGACGAACGUAUGUUGCCCGUUGCACAUACAUGCUUUAAUGUGCUUGAUCUCCCACGUUACCAAACUCGCGAAAGAUUACGCUAUAAAUUAUUACAAGCUAUUCAACAAACUCAAGGCUUUUCGCUGGUGUGAACACAUAAAAGAUUAUUUUUGUAUUGUAAUAUAUUAUUAUAUUUUUUGCAAAUUCUAUUACAAAUUUUUUUUUAAUUUUUGUUUUUAGUUCUUUUUUUUUUUUUUUUUUUUUUUUUGUAAAAUAGAAAAUCACUAUGACGAUGUAAUUCUUCAUUGAUGUAAGUGCAUGUUCAAUUGACAAUUGUCGUCAUUUGUUCAUGCAUCGAAUUAAAACAGAUAGUUUAA